AUGUCCAACGACAAGAAAUGGCCCGUCAAAAAGGUGACACUCUCACCUCCUCCACUGCACGCUCUAGCUGAAGCCAUCACCCCCACACUGUCGUCCAACUUCUCCUCGUCGUCAUGCACGGUGGAAACGCCGCCUGAUCUCACCCUCCCGCCAUACCACCUGGCCGGCCCGGGGUUGACGGGUUCGCCUCGUGUCGUCGAGGUUGGCGAUCCGUCGUACCUGGUCCGGUCCGACCUCGGUCGUAGGUACGAACUGCGAGCCAUAUCCCGCCAGACAGACAUGUCUCCUACGUCCGGCCUGCUGAUCGGUGCCGGCGCCGGUCCCUUCUUCGUGCUGGGCCAGAACACCGAACUGAUGCCCAACUUUGCCUACGGGACCGCGGCGGGAGACUCCGGUGUAGAUCCUUCUGCAGACACGAUGACGACGCGCAACCGCACGCACUAUGCCAAAAUCACCCCGUCCGACGCCGUGGCGUGUUGUGCCUUGCCGGACAGCUCGAACUUCGGGCUCAUGUGCAACUUGUUCUGCUGUGACGGAGCGGCGGGCCCGUGUCUGCACGUCAAGGCGCGGUCGCGGAAAGGUCCGCUCAACUUCACCCAGGCCAUCCAGCAGGGGCUGAAAUCGGCGUUCGGCGGCGACCUCAUUUCUCUCGGCGGCGUGUUUCUCAUCCGCUCGGGCAAGGCAAAGUUGCAUGUCAUGCCGGAUUUCCCGGCGCAGCCGUUCCGCGACCACGACGACGUGGUGAAGUGGUUGCGCUUCUUCGACAUGGAGUUCAAUGAUGACGAGCGGGCGCCCGCCGAUGGGCCGCUGGUGUGUUUGAGCGUCGUUCACUCAGGAGACGACAAGGGCCUCAACUUGCGCAUGGAACAUACACACUGUUUCACGGAGGCGAAGGAUGGAAGCUUAGAAACGGCCCAAGGAGGCCAUUAUCAUUACGAUAUAGACGAGACGAGGGAGGAGAUCGAGUACGAAGGGUGGUUCAAUGUUGCCGAGUCGGUGUAUAGAGUUGACUAUCCCUGACGUUCGCUCAUGGCCCUGACUUAGGUAACUAUUCGGACCAUCGUCGUACUAUUUAGAGGCCUCCAGAUAUCUCGAUGACACUGCCAUUAACGUAGCUACUUUGCUC